CCCCGUCCUGUUGGUCCGUAUUGGCCUCGUGAUUGGCCCUGAUUCCGGCGCAUAAUUCCGUCAUUACAGUGUGCGCAAACCCGAUAUUCCUGGCCCACGAGCGACCCGCUCUAAUCAGAUCAGGAACCCAUCUCGGUGAACCCUUUUUUUUUGGUGCGUUGUCCCUUUCGGAACGUCGGACGGCAAUAAAUCCGAAAAUCAAACGAAACUCUGUCGAUAAUGAACCAAAACUAUGUGAGAAAAUGUGAGGAGUAUUUGCAGAACAUUCCGUCCCAAAAGUUGCCACCGUCGUCCAGUGGCGGCGCGAGCCGUCCGAAUCUUUCAUCCCGAAAAUUGACCCAACCCGGCCUCCGGCCGGGACGGCAGUCAAUCAAUAAUGCCAUUCCGCCACCGGUUCUGCCGCCGCCACCCGCCGAAGGUAGCCGACCAAAGCCCAAACCGACUCCCGUUCCAGCUACCGGGGGCAGGAGGACCCCAUGCCGUCCACCAACGGCUCGUCCCGGCCAGCUGGGAUCCAAAUUUAUACGUCCCUGUUAUCGCCCGAAAGGGGGGGAGAGGGCCGGCCGAAGGGGAAGUGAUAAUGUCAAUCAGAACGACGUCAGAGUGAUGGACGGAGCUGGAGCUGGAGGAGGAGGUGAAGGUGUUGGUGAAGGAAGGGCGACGGGCAAAACGAAAACCUGGGACGGGAUACUGACGGCGGAAUCUACGGUGGAGACGACGGCAGCGGCUUCGUUGACGCAGAUCAAAUCAAAGGCCACCCCACCGUCGCCCCAAGCGGAACCGUCUCCAAUUACAUCGACAUUCCCCAACGGAGCAGGAGCUGCACCGGACAGCAGCAGCAACAACCACGACCUCACCUUAGCGCCCAACCCAUCGCUCACGUCGCUCCCAUCAAGCGUGACGUCCUCGUCGGUGCGACCGGCAAGUUCUUCGAUUGCCGCAGUGCCACCUCGACCUCGGCCCUCGUCGACCGUCUUGGACGCAGUGACGGAACUUGUUCCAUCAUCAACGGCGUCUACGGCCAGGGCGGAGCAGGUGAACCAGAAGCAGUUGCAGGGAAUUAAUUUAUUCCGUUUCGAUCCGCUGAGGACUCUCCAAUUUCUGACGCUCGAGCUCAAGUCCAAGCUGAAGCCACUGCUGCUGACGGUGCGUGGCGGGAGCAGCGCCGACGAUGGUUCAGCGCACAAACAGCUGUACAAGAUUUCCAAGGAGCUGCUGUACACGGUAAAGAUCCUCACGGAAAACGCGGAACGUCAGCGGAAAACGAGCUGUAGCUGCGGUGACAAGGAGACUAGUGAUGGAAAGGAACCAAAUAAACCGAAAGAUCGUAAAAUUACAGAAGUACCCAGCGAAUGUCAAAAUUGCCUCAAGCUGCAGCGGGUGGAGCAACCGGGCUCGCUGUGUCUUCCGCGGAAGGAAAUUAAUUACCUCCAGGACGACCUUCCCCACCACCAGCCGGAAGAAUCCUCGAAAGCUUCGACAACCGCCGAUCAGCAGCAGCAACUAGAGCUUCGCCGUCUGGAAGGGGAAAUAAAGCGAUUGCAGACGACGAUAAGUGACAAACAAACGACAACGGCAACCGCCGAAGCUCUUAUCGACGAUCUCAAUCGGAAGCUCGGCGAGGCCACCCACGCCCGGGAUGAGGCCCAGCGGAAGCUGCUGUACGCGACCCUCGAAAAUGAGCGGCUGAAUUUCCUCCUUCGCUCGCAAUGUUCAACAAUGGCCAACCUGCGGCACGACUUCAGCGCAAUCCAAUCGCUGGCCGACCAACAAAUAGACCUGCUCGAUCGGACCACCGACACCAACGGAGGCACUAACGACCGUUCCAGAUCGAAAUCAAACACCAUCGCAACCACCGUCGUCGUCGGUAAUCACCAUCGCAAUUAUCGUUACCCUUCCGGUACGGCUCAGCUGAAUCCCGCACCACCCGUCCAGGAGCGGCAGGUCGCCAAGUUACGACACCACCACCAUUAUAGCUUUCAAAAUAUCGCUGAAAAAGAAAGUGACGACGGUAAUGAUGCUGCUGCUGCUGCUGCUAACGACUACUGGAGGAACUCGGCGUCACAACAACAGCCACCAUCGCCGUCACAGAAACCGGAAGUUAUGGUAAGGUUGCCAUCAUCAACACACGUGCCGGAAGAGGGUGCAUUCCAGCAACGGGAGGAGAGGCUACCAACGGGAUUAUGGCACAGGAAGAAUCGAGCACUAGUGGAAUUGGACGAAAGUGGGACAUCCAGUUCGGGCUCGUUAACGGCGGUGGUGAAGCCAGCUCGUUCCGCGAGAUUUGGCCCAACCAAGCGAGCACUUUUGAUUGAUUCCGAUCGUGACGACGACUUGAGGGACGACUUGGAAGGACAGCACCAGCAGCAUUCGUCAUCGUCGUUGUCCUCUUUGACGUCGUCACAACAACUUCAACGGCAAGACGACCAACGCGGCAACAACGACAAUGGAAAGGACAUUAGGAUGGAGACUAGCAGCCGUCGAGGGCUUCCCGCCUCUGGCGACAAACCUUUUAUCAUGACGGCCAAGGAAGAUGAUGAUGAGAGCUGCUCUGAUUACACAAACAACAACAGCCACCAUCGCCACAUCCCAAACAGCAAGACUAAUGAUUGCGUCAGCCUUGCCCCCAAAGACGCCGAAAUGGCCAGGAACCGGCGACAGCAGCAGCUGGGUCCCAAUCCUGGUGGCAGCAAGAAGAACGACGACACCCCACUUGCCGGCGUGGAAGCAAAAGGAAAAUACCCAAGGGAUUAUGGUGAUAAAUUUGAGCGGCGUGAAAGUUUGCUGGCACUGGCGGGGAACGGCGGCCAGGAAGAAAGGAGGCAAGAGCUUUGCCAAAAUCGUCCGAUAAUGGGUCAGAUUAGAAGGAGGUCGUCGUCGUUGGAGACGGGGAAGGAGGGGGAGGAAGUCCUGGUGGGAAAAAUCAUCUCUGCUGCUGCUGCAAACGAACCCGCUUCCGGCCAAACAAGCAGGACGAUGACGAAGACGACUACGACGGAGGAGUUUUCUAUUGACUUUGAUGACAUAACGCUGCCCCCAUCACCGAUUCCAUUUCGACGGAGGAAGGACGAAGCAGGUGGAGGACCCGUGAACGAGUUUCCAUCUUCUUUUGGCGACUGGAUGUGACCUGCUCUAUCUGUCUGUUUUGGCUGGUUUGGUGGAGCGUUUUUUUUCUGGCUGAGAUGAGCACCUGAAGGUGGAGCUGAGCCGAGCUGGUGGCUCGUGUUAUCGCAAGCAAAGCUGCGUUGAUUUAUAUUUUUGUACCCUGCUGGUGGCACCGUUUUGUCUAGGUAAGA